AUCGGCGGUGCGUAAGUGCAGAUAUAUGUCGAAUUGUCAUUUAUAUGUAUAUACAUGUGGCGAUUGGGAUGACAUCUAUCUGGCCACUAGAAGCAUUCUUUUACGACAUACAUAUAUAACGACCAAGUGUCCGAAGUCUCACCCCACGGGUCUGACCAGGCCAACAUGGAGAUUAUAUGGCUUCAGCGACCCCGCCCGGAUGUACCAUGGGGCUUUAGGAUCGCGGGUGGCCGGGAGUUUGGACAGCCCCUUUCGGUGCAGAAGGUAAAUCCCGGCAGUGUGUCCUGUCAUAGUUUGUGUAUUGGUGACGUCAUUCUCAAGAUCAAUAACCGUGACGUCACGAAUGUAACUCAUUCGGAGGGACAAACAAUCCUUCUGAACGCCGGUAACCUUCUACAACUAACCAUCAAAAAGUGUAGAACUGUAGCUGCCAGCGCGCCGGUAAGUCCUACACACAUGUCUAAGACAGCAGUGAGUUUUACAGCCCCUACUAGUCCCACCUCCUUCCGAAGUUUCUCACCUGUCUCCGAAGGUUUUCCAAAUUACCGAAAUUUCCUCACGGAUGAUGAAAACUUUGACAACGCUAGGUACUUUACCUCUCUACCCAGACAUGCAAGUAUUUCAGGUGUUAGUGGCCAUGGAAUGCAAAGCACAUCUAGGGACCAUCAGUAUGAUCCCCACCAGUAUGGGCGCAAAAACAGCGCACCGUACGGCGUGGGGAGCUAUACUAUGCCUAAGCCUACACCAUACAGACCAAGUGGGGGUAACAUACCCACGUCACACAAUCGGAGUGGAAGUGACAGUAGCGGGUACCAGACAUCGUCAUACGGACCGAGCCCCAACGCGUUUGAUUCCCCCCUCUCUUCUGGCACACAGCCAGCUAGCUCAUCAUCGUCUUCCUACAAACCAUCUCAGGCAUCCUAUAGUUACGGGCCUGGGCCGGGGAUAGCACCUCCAUCAUAUGAAAGUAGUAUUGAAGACAGAAGGGGAGUUUCGUCAAGUUCGCCUGCCUACCAACGACAGUAUUCAUCAGGGUCAUCCAACAAGGAAAGUGCUUACAAUCAAAACGGGAACAUGUAUUCCCCAGCAUAUGAAUCAUCAGCUAUGUAUGCCCAAAGUGAUGAUACUCCCGCUACUCCAAAUAGGUCAUACGGCAAUUCUACUUCCUAUUCACCUUUUCAAAGACAACCAUCAAGAGAAGCUGCCAGACAUAAUACUUACGAACAAUCAGCCGGGCAGGAUUACCCUUCUUACCAACAGCAACCAGCGGAGGUAACACAAAGUGGUGGUUACCAUAGGCAACAAUCAUCGGAAUAUCAAAGACAACCAUCUUACAGUUCAACGCCACAGAGCCCGCUCUUGGAUAGGUGUUCCGCAGGACCCCCUCGUAGGCAGGUAUCACAGAGUGCUGGGAUAACUGCAGAUAAUUCGACUCCUAGGGGUUUCCAGAGACAAGGGUCAUUCGGUAGUGACCGGGAAGUCGUCAGCUCGCCGGUGUCAUUUCAAAGACAAACGUCAUCUGGAUCGUUUCCAAAAUCGCAAGUAUUCUCCGCUACUCUGUCUUCUUCUUCUCCUCCAACAAAUAACCAUGUGACAAGUGAACAAACCGGAACUUCCGGUUCGACAUCUUAUGGAGAACCUACGUCACCAUCUUCGGUAAAGUCAAGCGGCACAGGGAUUAACAGCAUUGAGGAUAUUUUGUCUCCUUUUGAGAAAUUUCCAAAUUACUAUAACGAUUUUAUUAACAGCACUAAGCCUGCCUCAAGGCAUAAUGUAGAUAGUGGAGUAUCGGCUGAUAUUUCGGAUCCGGCAAGGAGUUACAAAUCUCCUUCACUGAAUAACUCGACAGAAUCCUCUAGACAACACCACUCGGAUAUGUACGGCGUGAGAUCACCGCAACCAUGGGAUGGAAACCCAUAUCAACCUAGACAGUUAUAUGGGGACCAAACGGGUCCCUCGCCUCCUGGAGUACCACCUCCUCCACCCCCUCCUGUGGGCCCGCCUCCUCCCCCACCCCCUCCACCACCACCACCGGCUCCACCUCUCCCCUCAGAAGGAUAUGUUCCAACCAAAAGACCAGCCUACAAGUCACGGGACGAACGCACCCCCGGGGACGGUAGUCCUUUACCCCCCGGGAUGGGACAAGAGAGGGCCGUACCAGAUGCAGUGCUUAAUCAAAUGAUGAAAAAGGACGGAAACGCCAAGCCGUUUGCCUACAUAACGGGAGGCAUCGACCUGAAGGAAUUCAAAAACAAGAGAAACCGUCCUCCUCCACCUGUGCUGCCGAAGUCUUACCGAGGACCUAAUCUGAACGAUGUGGAACCUCCACAGAAUUACACACCGCCCCAACCGAAAAGACAGCAACCGCCGCCGCAGUCGCCACCCCAGCAAUACCAGCCGCCACCUCCGCCUCCGCCUUCCCAAUACCAGUUUCAGCCCAGACAGCCCCAAUUCUCGCCGUCUCAAUAUCAACAGCAACAACCACAGUACCAACAGCAAUCACAAUAUCAACAACAACCGCAAUAUCAACAACAGAACAACAAUAGCUUCUCACCUAUCAGGACACCGCCCUCCCCGCCGGUCAGGGGAAGUUCUGGCAAAUAUUACCGACCAAUACCAAGCCCUGACUUACCCCAUAGAAAACUCUCUAACUUCAUAAUACCACCCAGAAAGACCAUUCGCAGUUCGGAAAAGCCCCUGAAGGACAUAGAGAAAUCUGCUGUUUACCAAAUGAUCCAGGAAAGUGAGAACGAAGGUAAGAUUGAAUCUCCAACAACACCUAUAUCACCAGCUUUAUAUGAAUUAAUACAACAGACCGAAAACCAACGAAAUUCGCCGGAGGUUCCGGAUUCGCCUGUUUCGCCGUCGUCAAUGUUCGUAGGUCGGCGGGCGCAUGGAUUGUCAUUCCAGGUGUUGCAAUGGAUGACCGAGACUGAUGAACUGGAGGAGGGACAAGAGAGCAAGCAACCAAGGCGUAGUAGCGGUAUGAAGGACCCGUCUUUACGUCACAACGCUGAAGACGAUGAAAUGAGAUUCAGUGGUCUGAGGAACAGAAAGAAGGAUAUCCCAUCUAAAGCAUUCAAAUGUUUGAACAAGAUGACCAUCAAUAGUGAGGACCCAGCUCCCCGACCUGUCGUCAAUGAAGAAGAGCAGCAGGAAGAACCCGUUGGAAGAUACGACCAAACUUCGAUCCGGUACACGGGAAAGCACAUUCCGUCCCCUUCAUUUCGUGUGCUUCAGAAUUGGGCCGAAAUCGACCCAUUGCCGGCACAGAAAGCAUCUCAACCCACAACCCAGUCUGAUGAUGAUUUGGAUGACUACGAUGACGGCCUACCCGAUACCCUGAGUGGCGACGAGCUGGUCGACCGACGAUAUAUGGGGGGACAUAUUCCAUCCCGUGCUUUUAAAGCUCUUCAGAUGUCAAUUGGAAAAGACAACGAUCUGGCUCCUCCAGCAAUGGAGGAGCCGGAGCCUGAACAACCACCCGUCCAAUCCUCUGCCGCAACAAGCGCCACAACAAGCCCCACGGAAGCUCAUGAUCACCACACAAAGCCGAGCAGUACCGCCCCCUCAGGAGGACACUCCAAGUACCGAUUUCUGAUCGAUAAAGAAAAGCCUAAAUAUUGACCGAGGAUAGAGAUAUAUUAAACAAUACGCAAUAAAUUUCACCACUAGUGGUGCUAGCAUAGUGAUUUCAUACAUAGUAAUGGCGGUGGUACCAAACAAUAAUACAUAAUAUAUAUAUUGGUUGUAAAAGACGGAAGGUGCUAUUAUUGUAUGCUGUAAAUGAACUUAUUUCCAUGGUAACCUGUUUUAGUGAUUUUUAUCAAUUUGAAAGGAUUAAUUAUGACAACAGCUAUAUAUAAAUUCAUGUAAAUAUAAAUUUCAUGUUAUAUCUAGCUGUAGCGCUAAAUCAUGAAUCAAAUGUCACCAACACGAAAAAAUAUGUGUGUGUUAAUAUUAACGUUAUUGCCCGAUACAUUUGCAGUUAUGUGCAGUGUGUAGUAACUGUUAUAUAUAAUAUUUUAAUACUAUAUGUGUAAUUUCUACUUACUGAUGUAUUAUAUGUAAUUACUGGAAUGUACGAUAUAUUCAUUGUUAUUUGUAUAUGAAAACCUAUGUACAAUAGACAAAUUGUAAGUACUAGUAAACACAUUAUGCAAUUACAAACAUACGUACUAAUUGUUUGUACAGUACAUGUACGUUCUGUUGUUUAAAAUGAGUAGUUACUUGUACAAUACAUAGUUGAUUAAUUACUGGUUACUGGUACGUUAAAUAUGCAAUUAAUGUUAUAUUUGAUAUAUAAUUACCGAUACACUACGUGUGAUUAUUGUGUAUUAGUAUGUAAUUUAGAUAGAACUUGCCUUAGUUGAGUGCAUCAUUUCAGAAAUACAAAUGUACGAAUCAUUACCAGUACGAUAUUUUUUAGAUUGAUUAAGAUAUAAUUUAAUAUAUACUAAUAAUUAGGUAUUGAGAAUUGAUAUUAUACUAUCUUUUUAAUUCUACAAUGGUACAUGUAUGUUAAGAAUCAUAUGUAUUGUUUUACACACCCAAUCAUAAAAUGAGUUCAUACCUUUACUGAUGAUACCGUCAUAUAUGUAUCGACAAAGGUUGUUUUUCUCCCUUAAAGUUUGGUUGCAUUACCGUAAUCGAUCAGGUAACCCCUGAGUCUAAUUGAUCAGUCCCGUGUCGUCUCUGCGAACACCAUAGCUUUAAGUUCGCAUGUCCUGAAUAUUUGCAAUAAAUCAGGAUGUACAUAAAUCGGUUUAUUUAAUUCACGUUCAUAUGUUUUGUCCUCGAUAUUUCUGGAUCUGUGCAAUAUUUUAUAGACUUAUUUAUUGCUCUGUUUUUAAAUAUUAUUUUAUUACUUUGAUAUUAGUUGAUUAAUUAAGAUAUUAUUAACUGUUUUACAAGUGUUCGGUUAGUAUUACGUGUAGUUGACCUAGUAGGUGAUUGUUAAACUUCUAGUAUAAUAAUAUCCUGAUCAGUGUGUUACACCAGUGAUAGCUGUUUUGGUGAAUUAGAUGUGUGCGUUCUCUAUACCUGUGUAUAGGCGUUAGCCCCGUGUUGUUGGCUUAGCAUCAUCUGAAUGUGAUGCACCAAGAAUCUCGUAAACACCAAUGUGCCUUAUUGUAAUGCAGAAAAUGACUAAUAAAAUUAAAUUUAUUAUCAGAUGUUGAUAAUUAGAUAUAGUUUAAGGUACAUAAAAUAUGAUUUGUUGGGCUGUCCUGUCAACAUGUUAGUAUAUUUGUCAGUUUGUUCUUCAAAUAAAAAAAACAUCCUAAUAAAAAGUUUGUUUGAUCCCGGCCAGUUUGUUCUAGAAUGAUGAAAGGAAAUUUCGUGUUCCGCCUAUUUUUCAUAUAAAAUCAAUUUAGAAGGAAACGUUGAUAUAAAGUGUCAGUUUCUUUCAUACUUCGCCAUGCAUACUUUUCACAAUUUGGAAUACCUAGUAACUGAGAUGGUAUUGAUAGUUUGUGAAUUUUUUAUUGUUCGUUUUCACCAAGAUUUUAUGUUAUCGAAAAUGAAUUUUCUGCACUGUCCUACUAAUAGAACAAUUGAUAAAUUGUAUCCAAAUACUUCUGAAUGACUUAUUUUAUUCAUUCAUUCAGAUACAAACAACAGAAAAUAUCCAAAUAUUUAUAAACAGAUGCAUUUUUCAUUGACUGUUUCAUUCAAUUCUACAUCAUAUUGAAGCUUAAAUCAUGAGAACGCAAUUAUCACAAGAUACAUUUACCAGUAAGAGUUUGUCCUAUGCAUGCAUAACUAGUGUAGGAGUAUGUUUAGACCAUUUCCAUACCUACCUAGGUGGUGACCAGGAUUGUUCUGUAUUGGAGGACACACUGCUACGUGCUUUCUUUGUAAUAAAAUAUUUAAAAGGAUGUGUUCCUUUA